AUGGAAACCAUUGAUCCCGGAAGUAAUCACGAGGAGAAGAACAAUAUGGCAAUCGCCUUGCUCUUUCAAUCCAUCCCCGAGGCCCUAACGCUUCAGUUAGGCGAACUCGAUACAUCAAAGGUGGUUUGGGAAGCAAUCCAAGCACGACACGUCGGGGCUGAGCGGGUAAGAGAAGCACGAUUACAAACAUUAAUGGCAAAAUUUGAUAGACUUAAGAUGAAGGAAUCAGACACCAUCGAUACCUUCGUCAGCAAGUUAUCCGAACUUUCGUCCAAAUCUGCUUCUCUUGGGAAGAUUAUCGAAGAGCCAAAAAUUGUCAAGAAAUUUUUGAAAAGUUUGCCAACGAGAAAAUACAUCCAUAUUGUUGCUUCGCUGGAACAGGUAUUAGACUUAAAUACCACAAGUUUCAAUGAUAUCGUUGGGAGGUUAAAAGCGUAUGAGGAGAGAAUAUUUGAAGAUGACGAUGAGCAUAGCAACAACGAUCCUACGAAGCUAAUGUAUGUCAAUUCUGGGAAAAAUCAAGAGAAUUUUUCCGGAGGCGAUAGAGGAAGAGGACGAGGUGGUCGUUCCGAUUGGAGAGGACGAGGACGAGGUCGAUACAGCUCGUUUCAGAGCCAAAGAGAAGCGUAUAGGCAAGUUGAUUGUCUUGAUAGACUGUUAAAACUCCAAGAGACGGUUGAGAAGAAAGACGAAGAUACAGAGGACGCUGAUAAUAUUAUGGUACAUGAAGUCGUCUACCUUAACGAGAAGAAGGUUAAUCUGAAGGUGUUUAAAACAGAGCAAGACAUGACCAUCUUGUGGUAUCUUGACAACGGGGAAAGUAAUCACAUGAGUGGCAAUCACAUUUUCUUUAGAGAUCUUGAUGAAGGAAUCACAGGGAAGGUUCAAUUCGGAUACGACUCACGCAUUGAUAUAAAAGGAAAAGGAUCGAUUCAGUUCAGAAUGGAAGGAGGCGAGAAGAAGAUACUAAACGAUGUCUAUUAUAUCCCAGUUUUAAAAAGCAAUAUUGUGAGUCUAGGGCAGGCCACUGAAGCCGGUUGUGAGAUCAGCAUGAAGGAUAACGUGCUGAGAUUGCUCAAUCAGAGUGGCCAACUAAUGAUUCAGACCUCAAGAUCAAGAAAUAGGCUCUAUAAAGUCGUUCUUCAAGCUGAUACUAUUCAGUGUCUACAAGUAAAGACAUCCACUGAAUCGUCGAAGUGGCACGCUCGCUUAGGACACGUUAACACCGAGAUAAUGAAGCUGGUGAUUAAUAAAGAAAUAGUCGACGGCAUACCUAGUCUCAUGAUCGGGAAGGAGGCUUGUGUAUCUUGUCUGCUGGGAAACAAACAAGACAAUCAUUCCCUUAUUCAACCUCGUAUCGGGCCAAGACAAGAAACGAGAACUUUAGUGAAAACUUUGAGAACAGACAGGGGAGGAGAGUUUAUGUCUCAAGAAUUUAAACUGUUUUGUGUCAAGGACGGAAUCAACCGGCACUUAACGGCUCGUUACUCACCGCAGCAGAACGGGGUCGUCGAGCGUCACAACCGUACCCUACUAGAGAUGACGAGAAGCAUAUUACGGUCUUUGGUUGCGUCUGUUACUGAAGAACGGAAGCUGCAGGGAGGAAUAAACUUGAGACCGAUCGAGAACAUUGGUGCACUUGGGUACGGAGCCGGCUCAAGAAAUGAACAAAAUGUGGAGAAAGAGGACAAUGUUGAAGACGAUGUAGAAGCUCAUAAUGAGGCAAUUGAUGACGAUGAAGAAGAUGAUGAAGCUGAGCCACAACUACGAAGAUCAAACCGAGUCAGCACGAAGCCGUCCUACUUGGACGAUUACAUCCUUCUCGCAGAGAUAGAGUGUGAGAGAUUAUUGAUGGCGAUUAAUAAUGAGCCUUGGGAUUUCAACGAGGCAAAGGAGAUGAAAGUAUGGACUGAUGCGUGCAAAGAGGAGAUUUUCUCAAUGGAGAAGAACAAUACAUGGGUUCUCGUGGAACUGUCUAAGGGUUUUAAGCCUAUCGGUUUGAAGUGGGUCUUAAGAUCAAAAGAAACGCUGAUGGAAGCAUUAACAAGUACAAGGCACGCAAUGGCAGCAUCAAAGGUCUGGGAGAUACAUCAUCUUGAUGUGAAAACAGCAUUCUUGCACGGAGUAUUGAAGGAGGAAGUUUAUGUUACACAACCUGAAGGUUUCGAGAUCAAAGGGGAGGAAGAUAAAGUAUACAGACUAAGGAAAGCCCUUUAUGGCCUACGGCAGGCUCUGCGAGCAUGGACCAUUAAACUUAAUGAUAUUCUGAAAGUGGAUGAUCUAGUAGUGGCUGGUACUGCUUUGCAAUCUGUUGUUGAGUUCAAACGAGAGAUGAGUACCAAGUUUGAGAUGAGCGACCUAGGAAAACUGACAUACUAUCUAGGCAUUGAGGUAUAUCAGCUUGAAAGAGGCAUUGUACUCAUGCAAGAUAGGUAUGCGCAAAAGAUCCUCGAAGAAGCUGGCAUUCACGCAUGUAAUCUUUCUCAUGUUCCAAUGGACAUGAACCCGGACCUUUCCAUCAGCGUCGGAGUACUCAGCAGAUACAUGCAGGAGCCUAAGGAGUGUCAUGGUGCGGCUCUGAAACAGAUACUAAGGUACUUACGCGGAACAAGUUCUCUUGGUCUCAUGUUCCCACGAUCGACAAAACUCGAGCUUGUAGGCUAUAGUGGCAGUUCCCACAAUGUUGACAUUGAUGACGGGAAAAGCACAGCCGGUCAUGUGUUCUACUUUGAUGAAAGCUCAAUAACGUGGUGCUCUCAGAAACAAGAGAUCGUUGCGUUAUCAUCUUGUGAGGCAGAGUUCAUGGCUGCUACGGAGGCAGCAUAA